AUGUCUACCUCCUUCAAUCAUGCUUCCUCUGCAUCGGAGCGCAUCAACACCAGUACGUUGAUCACCAUAGUGGACAACAACCAUGAUGUGAUUCUGUUCGAGCCCACCUUCAACAUGCUUGUGUCGUUCUCAAGUGUCCCCACCAUCAACAUUGAAUUCAUUGGCUACGUCCUGCAGUACCCGAACCCAGAACAGCCAGUGAUAUAUCCUCUAUAUUCUCCCCCUCUUGGCCUCGACGCUCUCAAGAGCCAGCUUGCCGUAGUUGGUUAUUUGGAAACCCCCAUCGUGCAUAGCUCGGCAUUGGAGCUCCCUGGAUUUGAGGUUCCAUUGUUUGCUGCAGUAGCACAGGCUAUGGAAACCACUAUUCCUUUUUUGAAUUUGCGGUGGGUGUGGGGCAGGACUGGCCUUGACACUGUACUUCAUGGUGUUUAUCACUAUAUGGAUGUGGCUCGUGCCCAUGAGUCUGAAGUCAAAGUGCACCUCACGGCGUACCCUUUCGGGAACUAUGUCUCAGUUCCUGGUAUUGAUACUUCGGUUGACAGAUUGACAAUCGCCCAGAUGACGUGGAUCGGCUCCUCGGCCAUGACACUCGACACUCCUCACACCACUGUGGGACACCAGCAGCCACGCCCAGGCAAAAAGGUCCAAGCUGUGCACAGUUUGCACCAAAUCAUGGAGAUGUGCCUGAAUUGGCGCAGGGCUCUCGCAUACUUGCGUAUGCUUCUGAGGAUCGCUAUUUGUUGUGGUCACUGUGAUAAUCCCCAUCUCCUCGUCAACGUGGAUUUUUCUAUGCGUCGAUUGGAGCUCAUUCGCAGCAUUUGGCCUGAAUGCCUUUUACGCGCUAAUGUCGCCUCUGAGGACUUGGAACCAGUGCUAACCAAAGUCACACAACUUCCAAUGUCACACAGUGAUGUCUUAGUGCUCGCUAGUCCAUGGGUUACGCAGUUCCUGUAUGACAAUCGUCAUGUAGUGGUCAACAGCAUGGAUGACCCUCGUAUCUUUGGCCUGUGUGGUUUCUUUGGGUUAGCACAAAGGGGGAUCAUUGUUGACCUGCUAAAGAUGCUCAUGUAUCCCCAUGCACAUAUGCUCCCAAUUGAGAUUAAUGGUUUCGCCACAUUCCUCAUGCAUCAGAUUGCUAAAGAGCUUAUUUAUCACAUGAUCUUCAGGACCACAUCGACGUGCUGCAUCCGAUUUACCAUCGCUGACUUAGAGCCUGCUACAUUCAGGACUGUCGCCAAUCCACCAGUGGAAACAUUGGCCUUGGUGGGAUCCAGUUGUUACCAAGCCCUUUGGGCAAGACUCUUGUCCCUCUGCGGGGCAAAUGAGAUGAUGCCAGAUUAUCCUAGCGCGGCUCAAAUACACAGCGAACUUCGCGAGAUGGCUGUCAUGCUGCUCCAGCAGGAGAAUGAUCUGAACAUUGCACGUCUCAGAGCUGAGUUAAGACAAUUGUGUCUCAUAAUUGAAAUGGAUGUGUACCGUAUUGGGCAGUCAAAUGCUGCCAGGCCGUCCAAUGCUGACUGA